CCGCGCAGCGUCACGACGGAUGCGCGGUACGGCGUCGUCGUCGCCGACUAUGGCAACCACGUGCUGCGCGCGCUCAACGGCUCGGACGCAGUGGACCUCGCCGGCACGCUCGGCCUCGGGCCGGGGUUCGCCGACGGCCCCGCAGCGUCGGCGCAGUUUCACAACCCGUCGGGCGUCGCCGUCGCGCGCAACGGCGCCAUCUACGUGGCCGACUCGUCCAACAACCGCAUCCGCAAGCUCUCGGCGGACCGCGCGACGGUGACCACGGUCGCCGGCAGCGCGACGUCGGGUGACGACGACGGCGACGACGCGACGUUCAACGUCCCGACGGGCCUCGUGCUGCACCGGGACGCGCUGUACAUUACGGACCUCAACAACCACGCAAUCCGCCGGCUCGACCUCUCGACCAACGAGGUCUCGACGCUCGACUUUGACGCGGAGCUACAGUACCCGCACGGUAUUGCCCGCGACCGCUGCGGCAACUUGUACGUGGCCGACACGUACAACGACCGCGUCCUCAAGAUCGAUCCG